AUGGUUACUUCCACAGAUUCCAUAUCAAUAUUUGCCGAAGGAACAUACGAAGAGCAGAUUUUAGAAUUGUCCACUUAUCUCGUCAGAAAUCGACCAGAGGAAGAACGACUCGCUUUCACAUCUCCACUACGAGACGCUUUCAGAUCGAAAGAGGGAAAUAGUCUUAUAGAAGUGGAUGAAGCUAGGCGGAAACUUAUCUUUUCAAAAGUUUUCGAUGAGGUGAAGGGCUUAGGCGAUGGCAAUGAGAAAGAGGUCGAGGGCUUCUUCAACCUUCUCUACGCGCAUCUCUUCGCGCUCUACCCGGCUGACUCGUCGGAAGCGAAGGCUUACUUGACAACUCUCCUUCAAACACUCUCAUCAUCCCCAUCCGACCGUCUGUCGAUCAAAUACCGAAUACUUGCUAACCUCUUCAAUUCAAUUCCUCGCAACUCCCCCCUUCGACUCGCCGUGUACAACACUCUUUUGGCACUCGCGACGUCCAAUGACGACCUCGAGAUUCUCAAGCUAUCAAGAGCCGAUGUAGAAAAGUGGUUGUCCGAAUGGAACAUUUCGCAAGAUGAAAAGUCAACCUUCCUCAAGAGUAUCGUGGAUGCAUACGCAAAAGCAGGCGAACUGACCACUUCAUACGAGUAUUCCCUGGUAUAUAUCCGCACUCUCCCAUCCACCUCUUCAGCAUCUCGAGAAGCCGUGAUCAACGCUAUCGUUGCGGCACUUCGGUUACCCAACAUUUUCGACUUCGACCCUCUCUUCAAACUAGACGCUGUUGUCAACGCAAAAGACCACGAGCUCUUUUCUUUGCUUCAAAUCUUCCUCAAUGACGGCUUGGUGGAGUUCAAGACAUGGGAACAAAGCCAUCAAGGGCUACUGGAGAAAUACAAUCUUGAGAGCGCGCAACUUGAACGGAAAAUCCGUCUUCUGACUUUAGCGUCUUUGGGCUGCCAAUACAUCGGGAACAAUCUCCCCUACUCAAAAAUCGCAGAGUCACUGCAAGUCGAUUUAUCGGAGGUUGAGAAAUGGGUGAUUGAUGUUAUUCGUGCAGGUCUUGUGUGGGGCAAACUCUCUCAAACUGCACAAAGCCUACACAUCAGCCGCGCGACAUCGCGGACGUUCGAGCGCAAGCAAUGGGAGGUUUUGGAGAAGCGGUUAGUCGCGUGGAAGUCUGGACUUGCUGGGAUCUUGGAGGUCGUUUCCAGCGCGAAGAGGCUGGCCGGCCAUGCACCCGCCCAUUCAGCAGCUUAA